AAGGCAGACGCGCGCAGGCCGGUGUCGUCGACGACGCGUCUCGCAACUCACGCGCAUCCGAUACGCGCACUCGUGCGCGCAAGUGAAAAUUACACAUUUUAGUGUUUGGAGAAAUAUAUUUAAUAUCACUUUGGGACGCAAAGUGUAAAGAUGAUUAGAGCAGCGGAGUCAUGUCCGUGCCCGAUUCGCGAAGUGGGUCCACCCAUGGCCCUUGGUUGUUCCAGUCAAUUCCUUCUAUUCAUGAGCAUUUUGGAGUCGUUCAUUAACGGAAGAUGUGACCUCGCAGAUCCCUGCAACCGGAUAGCCAGUAAGGAUGAACCAGAUGACAGUUACGAUUUCGUUGUCAUUGGCGGUGGUACCGCUGGAUCAGUUGUCGCCGCAAGAUUGUCAGAAAAUCCUCAAUGGAAAGUACUUUUAUUAGAAGCUGGAGGAGACGAACCUACCCCAUCAGCAGUACCAGCGUGGGUUACAGCGUAUUGGGGCCGAAAAGAAACAGACUGGUCUUACAAUACGGAGCCCCAGGAAAAAGCCUGUAAGGAUAGUGAUAGUGUUUGUUCGUGGCCGAGGGGGAAAAUGCUCGGAGGCUGUUCGACAAUAAAUGGUAUGAUGUAUAUGCGCGGGAAUGCCGCUGACUAUGAUGGAUGGGCGGUUAACGGAGCGACUGGUUGGUCAUGGUUCGAAGUGCUCCCCUACUUCCUCAAGAGUGAAGACAAUAAAGAAAUUGACAAGGGAGUCUCGGGACAGUAUCACAAUGUUGGAGGUCCUUUACCAGUGCAGAAAUUCCGCUACGCUCCUCGGUUUGCACACGACGUCGUAUCCGCUGGUAUAGAGAUGGGCUAUCCACCAACAAGCGACCUUAAUGGAGAGACCUCUACUGGUUUUACUAUCACACAAACAUUUAAUGAUAACGGUUCAAGAUACACUACAGCACGUGCAUAUCUUCGGCCAGCAUCAAAAAGAGAAAAUUUACACAUAAUACUCAAUGCGCUGGGUUCCCGCGUGAUCAUAGAUCCUACUACUAAGAAAGUCACCGGCGUGGAGUACAUUAAGGAUGGCCAGAAGAAGACCGUUGGCGUUAUAAAGGAGGCAGUUCUAUCAGGAGGCACCAUAAAUUCUCCCCAAAUACUACUUCUAUCUGGCGUCGGACCUAAAGAAACCUUAGACAAAUUUAAUAUACCAGUAAUCAAAGAGUUGCCUGGAGUUGGACAGAAUCUCCACAAUCACGUAGGAGUGACUCUUGAGUUUACACUCACCAAGGAACCUGAUGUACCUGAGUUGUCAUGGCAGAGUGCAAUGGAGUACAUGUUAAAGAGAGAAGGACCUUUAUCUGCUACUGGAAUGUCACAGUUAACAGGCAAAGUAAAUUCCCGAUUCGCAUCUGCCGGAGGACGUCACCCUGACGUGCAGUUCUUCUUUGGCGGUUAUUACGCGUCGUGCAGCGACGGUUCAGUCGGAGAUGCUGAUAAGAUAGAAGAUGAAAAAAAUAGGAGAACUGUUACGAUAUCGGCCAUAGCUCUACAGCCCCGUAGCAGAGGUUACCUUACACUGAAGUCCAUAGACCCCACACAGCCACCGUUGAUGCAACCGAACUAUUUCCUGAAUGAACACGAGCUGAAUGUUGCAGCAGAUGCAGCAAGGAUAGCGUAUCGUCUUGCUAACACUACGAUUCUACGAGAGAAAUACGGUAUGCAGCCAACGGAAGGUUAUGGCGCCGAAUGUCCUGGAGGCGAAAACAACCCAACGGAUGAUUUCUUCAAAUGCUUAGCGCAGUUACACACGGCACCGGAAAAUCACCAAGUCGGUACUUGUAAGAUGGGAGCCAAAGAUGAUCCGAUGGCGGUGGUCGACCCACAGUUAAAAGUCUACGGUAUAGAAGGACUCCGAGUAGUGGACGCAUCAAUCAUGCCCACCGUGCCGUCGGGCAACACCGCCGCGCCUGUCAUCAUGGUGGCAGAACGAGGCGCCGAAUUCAUUUUAACCAGACACCAACUCUUUAAGAAUCGCUUUGGUCAAAAUGUUCCUGAUGGUGGAAAUCAUGCAACAAACGCUGACAGCGAUAUAAACCGGUGGACUGAUAAUGACUCCGAUAAUGAACAUAAAUGGGACGAGCGCUGGAAGCCGUGGGACAAGAACUGGCACCACUCACAGUGGGAGCAGCAGCCGAACAACUACCACGAUGUCGACUGGCAGACCAAGAAUAAAGAGAAAACUGACCACCAGUACGUUCGAUAAUAUCCAUCCAAGUCCCAAUGGUAGAAGCGAACUGGAUCUCUUAAGAAAUGAUAAGGAAUCUUUACUACAUUCGAUACUUAAAUUAUUUA